AGGAAUCGAUUGAAAUGUGCAGGUGUUGAUAUUCUAUGAAGAACACUACACAUUAAUUUUGGAAUUACUGCGCCUUGUUUGACAGUUCCCGUUGUGGGGUUUUGUUCGUGGACUAAUACAACAAUUAUCUUCUUGUGACAGUAGUUAUAUUUUCUUAAUUUUUUUAUUCAAUUGUCAUUUGACAACAUGAGGACGUUAAUAUUGCCUGUUCUAUUUCAAAUGACGACUAUUGCCUUGGUGAGUGCUGGCUGCCCUGUGAUGUGUGAGUGCCCGACUGGCCCCCCCUCCUGUCCCCCGGGGGUCAGCUCUGUACCUGACGGUUGUGGCUGCUGUAAGGUGUGUGCUGCCCAGCUCAACCAGAACUGCCACGACUCACACCCCUGUGACCACCACAAGGGGCUGGAGUGUAACUAUGGCAAUGACGUGGGCCACACUCAUGGCAUCUGCAGGGCGAAGCUCGAGGGUCGCCCCUGCGAAUACAACGGACGGAUCUACCAGAACGGGGAGAAUUUCCAGGCUGGCUGCAAGCACCAGUGUACGUGCAUUGAUGGUGCGGUGGGCUGCAUGCCCCUGUGCCCCAGCCACGUGCCCCUGGCAUCGCCAUCCUGCCCUGCCCCGCGCCUGGUCAAGGUGCCUGGGCAGUGCUGUCUCAGUAUCGACUGCCACAAGGGCUCAUCCGUUGUACCCCCAGUACAACGGCACCCACUGCCUCCAGCCUACCCGCCUUUCCCCUUCAUGCCCUACCCUCCCUACCCCUACAAAUCAUACUCCAAGCCAUACCACUACAAACCCAAGGAUACCAUGGGAAACGAGCUGGUGGAGGUAGAGAAGAAGUGGGACAAGCUGCGCGGGCACAAGCACCUGGCGGCAUGGAGGCAGUUUGGAGGGCAGUGUGUGGUCCAGACCACGAGCUGGUCCCAAUGCUCACGCAGCUGUGGGAUGGCCGUGUCCUCUCGUGUCACCAAUGACAACGCCCAGUGUAAGCUAGUGAAGGAGACGCGUCUGUGCAACAUCCGGCCCUGCAGCUCCAUGUCCAUCCCCACCAAGAAAGGGAGGAAGUGCUCCCGUACCCACAAGGCCCCAGAGCCCCUGCGUCUGUCCUAUGCUGGCUGCCGCAGCAUGCGUCUCUACCGGCCCAACUACUGCGGCGUAUGUGUGGACGGCCGCUGCUGCUCGCCCCGACACACACGCACCGCCUCCGUGACCUUUACCUGCCCUGAUGGUGAGCGCUUCGACCACUCCGUCAUGUUCGUGCAUUCCUGCAAGUGCAGUGAUAAGUGCAGUCAUCUGAACGAGGCUGCCCUCCCGCCCCAGCAGUGGCUCUACGGAGACACACACAAGUUCACCGACUAGCGUCCCCUUCAAAUCCCUCACUCGCUCCCCAUCACUUUACCCCCCAGCCAAGCCCCUGAUAGAGAAGUAGUCCUAAUAGUAUCUUUGAGUAGACACUAGCCAGAUGCAAAGAUCCCCCACCACCCUCCUGGAGCAUGUUUUGGGAGGCCUGAGUGAAGGAAUUUGAUUGGUUGAUCUGCAUUCUGGACAGAGAUGAGUGACUAGUGCCGGCCUUAGAGUAGACACCCGGUCCAUUGUGGUUCAUCAACCGGAAUCACCAAAGUGUGUAACUAGAUAUACAUGGAUUUGUCUGGCCACCAUUUUGUCACUCCCCAUGCACUCCUGUACUCUGGGACUGAACCCGCACUGUGGGGACGAUGGAGAAAGGUGGGACACACCCAAUGCAGACUCCAACACAGCUGCUGCACACACCCAGUAGACUUGUGGACUUGGGAUGGUAAGGUGUUACAUUUCAUGGUGACUGCCAGCAUAGAGAAGGCCUGUCAAUGGCAAGCAUGUCUGGUUUGAGUGGAAGGAGAAUCAGACAAGCAAGAAAACAGAAUUACUUAUCCAGUAGAUUUCCAAUACCUGCUAUUUAGACACUAAAACACAAAGUUUUUGUGGGACAGAAGAUGGAGCCUCCACAGAAUGCUCUGGAAGGGACAUUUGUAUGUGUAAUAUUUAUUGUUGUGACAGAGCUGACAGUGGUUGCCAAUGAGAGAAGAGAUGCUGCUAUGUUUGGAGCGGCAUGACCGGGGGACCCUGAGAGAGAUAAAACAGCUGAGAUCUGUCAGCAGAGAGAGGGGAGUUCCAGGAAGUCUGGGACUUGACCCCUGGUCUCACCAGUGUUCACUAAUCAAACAGCCACAUUACCUGAGCAAUAGUGGACGAAGACAA